GUUAGUUAUAUUACAAAAAAAGUUAUUGGAAUUGCUAUUUGUGUUAAAGUUUAUAUUCCCAUAUUAGAAGAGCUGAUAAACAAAAAUGAAAAGGAUAAAGAAGCUCAAAAGAGUAAAGGGACUCAAAAGGAUAAACAGGAGAGUACAGAUAAUGAUUUGGGAAUAUUGGUGUAUAAAAUGAUAAAAGAU